AUAUAUAUAUAUAUAUAAAAUCAUAAGUUCAAACAGAAUUUAUAAACAGUGUACCUUAAUGAAAAAAAUUCCACUUGCUUGAUGUUUGUGAAUUUGUGUUAUGUUAGAUUUGACAAUUGAUUAUUGAUCCAAUUGAGAAACAUCUUGUCUUUUAUCUGAGAAACAUUUUGUUACCUGUUGUCUAAAGUAGAUGAGGAGAUAAGUUAACGUUUGAUUAUGUCAUGUUUUUACGAUUCUAUGCUAAUGGUAGUGAGUGUAGUGGUCCCUAAACCCUACUUUGGUAAUCAAGUGUCCCCAGAACAAACUAUUAAUCCAUGUGUUUUAUUGACUUAGCUUCUUCCUUGUUUGGGCUUCCACAGACCACACUGCUAUAUGCGUAAAAAUAAUACUUGCAAAAUCAACCAAUUUUUUUCCUUCAAAUACUUCUUUUUUCUUCUGACCUCAUCAAAAGCCAAAAUGGAGAAGUAUUGAAGUGGUAACCCUUCCCUUGCCACAAACUGGACAUUUGGUGUCAAAAUAUGGAACCGACCAUAGAAACAUUAUCACACCACGUAAGGAAAUAUUUCAUGUUUUAUAUGUUAAAUUGGUUACGCAUGAACAAAUGUGUGUUAAUUUAGUUUGCCAAAAAGCCAUUCAUAGACAAAGAAACAUACAGUUCGUUAUGCUACAUAGUGAUGUUACUUGACGUUAUAAAACUCCAAUAACAGAAAUCCAAAUAGACUUAUUGGGGAUUUGGGAGAGUUAAUGCUGCGUAAAAAGUACUUUCACCACCAAUCACAUGUUUUACACAGUGGUGGAAAGCAACUAAGUCCAUUUACUCAAGUACUAGUUUGACGUGUUUGUACUUUAUGUAUUUCCAUUUUCUGCUACUUAUUUCUUUUAUUCCACUACCUUUCAGAGGGAAAUAUCGUUUUGACUCCACUACAUUAAUUUCAUAACUUUAUUUUCCUUUGCAGAUUCAGAUUGUUAAUACAAAAUAUAAUCUAGAAAUAAUUGAUGAUGUAUUAUUAUAGGUUAUGGUUAAGGUUAAUUAAAACUUUAUUUAUCCCGAAGGGGGGGGGAGUCACAAGCUACCCAGCAGUACAUAAAGUAAUUACACGUAGCCCACUUACCAACUGCAACAUGAACAACUUAAUGCAUCAAUAAUUAUAAUCCAAUAUAAUAUAUAUUAUUCUGAACUGGGCCAUUUUGCAUAAUGAGACUUUUACUUGAUUAAAUCUUUGAAUGCAUGACUUUUUAGCUACUUAUACUCAAGUAAAAGACUUCUUCCACCACUGCUUGUACCGCUGGGGUCUCUGAGAUCCCAAACAGAACUAAUGUGUCAUUUCCUGUGGCGGACUUCAAUUCAAAAUCAUGUUUAUAAGCAAUUCUCAUAAAUGUAGCAUGAAGGUGAGAAAACGGUAAAUCUUGUUAGCUAAAUUUAGCUGCAGUUGCGUACCUCUAACACCAGGGGUCUCCCCGCCUCCAACACACAAGUCGUCGUCAAGGCAACCAGACUGUCAUGGCAACCUCGCUGACGCUUAAGCGAGGUACUUCCUGCUGAAACUGGGAAACUGGACUGAAAGCGACUCAAAAGUAAUGCACACAAACGGCGUUUUUAACGUUUUAACCUGUAGUUUAGCUUCAACUGUAGGCAUCUGUUCUUCCAGGAUUGAAGCCAAGAAACAACUGGGAAUCUUCUCUGACAGACUAUUCUGAACUGUAAUGCCAGAAAGAACCUUAACAGCUGGUUAUAGAUGCAUUUAACAAGGCCAAAGUCCUCCAAAGGACGAAGCAGACCUGCUGUAAACAACUCCCUGUAUGCAGGUGACCCAGACAGCAUCCAGAGGCCACCUGUGUCUCCAGACUCUGCUGUGCACAGCAGGCCGGACAGAAACCUCCGCUCCCAGUCCCAGCCCAUAAUGUGGCAGGCCAGCCAGCUGAGCCAGGAUGAAGUUCUGCAGAUGCUGCAACACACCCCUGCUGCUCCACCACAGUCCUUAAACAAGUACAAGGUUCUUCCAUCCAUAGAGAGGAGGCAGUCAGAGGUGAGUCCUGGGAGAAGCCUGGACAAACAGAUGUCCAAGCUCAGCCUGUCUGAUGAUGCUAUCCUGCAGCAAAGGUAUAGGCAUGAGGAGCCAGAUCUCCCCAUGGUGAAGGCUGUGACCCAGACCAGCAGCUCUGAGGUGGACAAGAGGGCUGACAUGCAUCUCAGGGUCUGGCCUAAACCCCCUGACCCAGGACCAAUUACGACCAAAGAAGCUGGUGCCACUGGCAGCUUGCUCCUAGCUAUCCGAGCACCAUGUGGUAGGAGGUUUCAGCAGCACUUUGACCCCACAGACACUCUGCUGACCGUGAGAGCCAGAGCAGAGGUCAUGUAUGGAGCCAAAUACGGAGACGCUUCCAUCGAGACCAUGGAUGUGCCACGCAGGUCCUUCACAGACAUGGAUAUGACCUUGGCUCAGUGUGGCAUCCUGAACAGAUCGUUGCUGUGCAUCUCUCAGAAUGACAGCGUGGUGCAGCAUGAGUGAGCGGUUUUGUUUUGCAGUUGAAAUCUGGCUUCGUGGUGGAGUUUAAAGCCCCCCUCUCCACUCCAAAAUGUGUUUUACUUAUUGUUUCUUCCCUUGGAUGUUUGAGCUUCACUGUGCAGAAUGAUGUUUGUGCUAGAAGGCUGUUUUCACAUUCAUCUGCUGAAGGGGGAAAGCUUCUGUGCUCACCUUAAAUAUAAAGCUGUACAUAAGAGCAUGAUUUAAUAACAUCGCAACUAUCGUGGUCACAAUAUGCAACUUACACAAGUGUGACCUGGAAACCUGAAACCUCCAGUGCACAUACAAUGAGGAUGGACUCGUUAGUGAAUUAUUAGUUAAACUGUCCAGCAGUUAAACUUUAGGUCCACUAAUUCAUCUAACUGGUAAUGUGUUUUUCUGUACUAUUGCACAGAAGAUUCCAGGCAGGUUCACUAAAAUGUAUCCUGUAUGGCUGUAUAUAACCACAGCUGGCCUAUGAAGACAUUUAAAAUUAGUUUGUUCUGUUUCAGUUAGACUACACAAGAUUUUAUUCAAAACAGCAGGUAAUUAGCAAAUUAAAAGCUUUGAUCUGCUGUCAGUUAUUGAUUUAGAAAGAAAAUGUGCUUUAUCUGUGAUGCUUGCAGUAGUUCUGACAUUUAAUACCAAAGCACAAUCAGAGAUGCUGCUGACAAAUGCAGCAACAAAAAGGGUCUUAAUUUAUUUGUUGCCAUUUUCCACAUCUUUUCUUUUUUGGUUGGUGUUCUUAUGUGCCAAAUAAAGUCUUUCAUUAGGAUACAGAGGCACAGAAGUACAUCAGUCAGUAUAUGGUGAAUUCAUCACACUUUACUUUUAUACUGCAACUACUGCCCUGCUGUUUUCAAAGCAUGUAAACACAGAUGAUCCAAAUGCCCUUAAUCUUGCGACUGGAUUUGAAUUAUACAAAAUUGUAUGCUUUGUGUCAUUAGUCUAAAUAAUGCAACAUGGAGUUCAAAAAGGAGAACAAGGAAUCUUAUAUUGUAUGCACACCGAACAGGAAAACAAUAGGCCUCUUGCACACAAGACAUUUUGACGUGUCACAGGAGGAAAAGCAGGUGUAAAUAAUGAAAAUUAAUGGCCAUCGUUAUUAGCAACACCUGUGCUUUUCUUUCGGAGUCAAAAUGACUGCAGUGAAAAAGGCCUAUUUCAAACAACCCUCACUCUCUUCUGAUCAAGAACUCCUUUUAUAUUUUUUUAUAUGUUGAUGAAGACUGAAAGCACUACAAUAUUACCAAUGAAAUGUCUUUCAACAGAAAUUCAAGACAUAAAACCUGCUCUCACUCUGUAAAAUGUAUUAAAACAAACAAUUACACACUUAAGUGCAGGAGGUUACAGGCUUCUAAUCUUUUGAACAUAUUGUAUAUUCACUGAAGAAAUUUAUUUUCAAUGUCAUAUAUUUAAUAAAAGGUUCUGAACAACCAA